CAAGCCGUCCAGUUUCAGUGCUGUCGCCCCUCCAGAGCCUAGAGGAUUUUUCAUGGGAUGCCAACCAUUCCGGGCAUAGGAGCCCCUGGGAACAAGCCAGAGCUGUAUGAGGAAGUGAAGUUAUACAAGAAUGCCUGGGAGCGGGAGAAGUACGACAACAUGGCAGAGCUGUCUGCGGUGGUGAAAACUAUGCAGGUCCUGGAGAAAGCCUACAUUAAGGACUGCGUCUCCCCUAGCAAGUACACUGCAGCCUGCUCCCGGCUCCUGGUCCAGUACAAAGCUGCCUUCAGGCAGGUUCAGGGCUCAGAAAUCAGCUCUACUGAUGAGUUCUGCCACAAAUUCCAACUGGACUGCCCGCUUGUCAUGGAGCGGAUCAAGGAGGAUCAGCCCAUCACCAUCAAGGACGACAAGGGCAAUCUCAAUCGCUGCAUUGCCAACGUGGUCUCGCUCUUCAUCACCGUCAUCACCGUCAUGGACUAGCUGUGCCUGGAGAUCCGCACCAUGGAUGAGAUCCAGCCUGACUUGCGGGAGCUGAUGGAGACCAUGCACUACAUGAGCCACCUGCCACGCCAGAUGGUCAGCCAGUGGCUGCAGACCCUGAGCGGCAUGUCAGCAUCGGACAAGCUGGAUGACUCGCAGGUGCGUCAGAUGCUGUUUGAUCUGGAGUUGCCCUACAACACUUUCAACCACUUCCUGCAUGCCUGAGCCCAUGGCACCAGACCCUGC